AUGCUUCUUCAACACCGUGACCCAAACUCGUACUACGGGAAGCCGUGGGUCUGGAACGAACUGCACGACUACGGCGGCAACAUGGGUCUGUAUGGGCCGAUUGACAACGUGACGAUCAACCCAAUCCAAGCACUGCACAACUCGUCGUCGCUUGUUGGCUUCGGUCUGACGCCUGAGGGACAGGAAGGUAAUGAGAUUAUGCACUCUCUACUGUUGGACCAGGCAUGGCAGGCCUCGCCCAUCGACACGAAACAGUACUUUCAUGACUGGGUCACAACGCGGUACUCGACCUGCACGUCCCGUGUCUGGAGGAUUGGGUGGUGGUGGUGGUGA